AGAAGCAUGCGUGUUCUGUGCAUGUGUUUUUACAAAGUAUUUGAAUAGAAUGUGCUAUGUGCAUUGAUCGACACAUGCGCACCUAAGCUUUUUUUAAUUAUAAGGCCUAAACGAGAAUUAAAAUGGAAGAAAAUACACCUACUGUUAGUUUGGUCUCCUGUAUGCACUUUGUGCGCCGCGGGGUAGCCAAAGAAGUUCCUGAAAAGAUCGAGCUGACAGAAAAAGAGCUUGAGAAAAUUAUAAAACAAACUGCAGAUGAGUUGCGUUUAACAGAGAGAGGAGAAGAUGUAUCGGACGAUGAGGCUGAGGCAGGUCCCAGCUCUGCCCGACCUCCUCCCGAGAAUCCCAAUGAUGAGUUUGAUUUUGAAAAGUAUGAUGAAGAGGAUUCAACUAACCCAGUGGGCAUAGGAACUGUAGCAACUUUACCCAACUUGGGAGACUUGGGUGACAAUGUCCAGAUUAGGACAGACGGGCCGGACAGCGACGAGGAGGAUGACAUCAUCAAGCCCAGCGACAACCUGCUGCUCGUCGGCCACGUGGAGAGCGACGCCAGUGUUCUUGAAGUCUACAUUUUCAACAAAGAAGAAGAUUCCUUUUACGUACACCAUGACAUCGUUCUGCCGUGGUUCCCACUGUGCAUCGAGUGGCUGAGCCACGACCCUUCAGACACCAAACCAGGUAAUCUUUGCGCCUUGGGUGGCAUGGACCCAGUCAUCCAGGUGUGGGACCUGGACAUCGAGAACUGCCUCGAGCCGGCCUUCAAACUCGGCCGGAAACCCAACAAAAAGAAGAAGACCAAGAGAGUUGGCCAUAAAAACGCUGUCUUGGACAUGUCUUGGAAUAGAAAUUUUACUCAUGUUUUGGCUAGUGGGUCCGCUGACAACACAGUGCUGUUGUGGGACCUGGACCAGGGAACCCCCCACACGAAGCUGGACUAUUUUCAGGAUAAAGUGCAGUCUCUGAGCUUCCACUUGCACGAGCCGCAGACGCUGUUGUCGGGGAGUUGCGACGGCGCGGCGCGCGUGUCGGACUGCCGCGACGCGGCGGCGCACCGCGCCUGGCGGCUCGGCCCCGAGAUCGAACGCGUCGCCUGGGACCCCCACAACCCCUACUGUUUUGCAAUGAGCAACAACGAAGGGCGCGUGGCGUACGUGGACGUGCGGCACGACCAGCCCGUGUGGGAGCUCGCGGCGCACGACAAGGAGGUCACAGGUCUCAUCCUUAGCGAAAUUCCCGGCCUAAUGGUUACCGUCAGCACGGACGGCAAACUCAAGACUUGGGACAUUCAAAGGUCGCCGCCGGCGCAGGUGAGCGAGCGCGCGAGCCGCGUGGGGCAGGCGCUGUGCGCGGCCGCCUGCCCCGAGGCGCCCUUCUCGCUGGCGCUGGGCGGCGACAACAAGGAAUGCUUCAUCGAGAUGCUCGACCUCACCGCCAACGAACAAGUAUCAAGCCUGUUCGAACCUCGAGCCGCGGCCGCAGCGCCUGCGGCCGGCGCCACCGCCAUGGAGACGUAGACCCCAAUGAAUAUAUUACAAACACACCAACAUACACACACAUUCGCAUUAGGCUCGUAGAUUGCGGCUAACGCGGUAUCAAUGUCCUGUAACUACAACAUAGAUGUUUUCUGUGUCUCAAUUCUCGAUAAGACAGUAAAUCUAUACCACUCUAUAGCUAACUCGAAGUUUAGCCGGACACUUUGCCGGACUAAGCCUUUGAACGAGCUCUGUUUUAACAAAAAACUGUCAAGCAACAUUCAUGUAAGCUUAUUUGUUGAGAAGAAAGAGUUUUUGUCUGUAGAACAAGUGUAGUCUUAGAAAAAAUCGUGGCCCCCAAGUUUAUCACAGCUUAAUGACUCGUUCCAUGAGUCGACGGAGCGGGGCUCCUAUUUCUGGGCAGUUUGCCCUUCGGGCAUCUGAAGCAACCUAACGAACCUAUCCUGCCUAUAUAUUGGUUUAAUGUGACUAUAGUCAAAACAUUACACAGGAACAUUACGAUCUGCCUGAUCUUACGAUCGGCCGCCGACAUAUAUAUUAGUAUACCACACCAUUGGUCAACAUAGCUUCGAAAGACCUACGAAUCCUACGAUAUGACGUUCUGAUAGUCCAUAGGAUGAUUUCGUAUUAACAUAAGUGUACAUACAAGCUAUAUUUAGCUACCUAAAAAAUUAAUUUACAGUACAUAUGGUCCUAUUUUCCCGCACUAGUGCGUAAAAUAGCACUUUUCGUGCGAUGUCAAAAGUUUAAAGGGCCAUAUGUACUGUAAAACGUUGUACUAUACACGUGCGAAUAGGUAAUUCGUAACUCGUGUCGAUUUAAAACACUCCCUUCGGUCGUGUUUUAAUUUAUCGCCACUCGUUUCGAAUUUCCUCUUUUUCGCACUUGUAUCGUAAAUAACUAUUAAGCAGAUAUGGUACGGGUUUUAUAUUGAUGUUUAUAAACCCUACGUAUAUACUUGUUGUAAUAAAAAAAGUACUUAUUCUUCAA